AUGGAGGAACACCAGGAGGAAUACGAUGACCAGAAAAUGGAGGAGUUGAAGGAAAAGUAUCCAAACUAUGAAGAGAUGGAUAUAGACACCAUAGACGACGAACUAUCAUUUCUCAAUAGGAAUCUCGAGGAAAGUGAGACUACUGAGGAGACCCAGGAUAUCAACGAGGAAAUCAACUACGUGCAGGAGCUAUGGAGAAGAAAGAUGCUGAGAGGUCUAAAUAGAGAGGAGCUGGCUGAUAAAUUCCCCGACCUAACCAAACUCUCAUAUGACGAUUUAAUGGAUAGGGGAGAUAAACUAUUGAAUGAAUUACUAUUAUCCAAUUUAGAUGAAGAAAGCUUCAAAGAAAAGUCGGAAGAAUUAAGAUACAUCAGAAUGCUAUCAAACACCUACCAAAGAGAGUCGAACUUAAACAAACUUCUCAAUUUAAGAGAUAAGGUGAACAAAAGGAGUCUCAUUAAACGGGAUGACAUCAGGAGACUGCAGAGGCUCAAGUUAUGGGUAAAGGAGAAUGCAGGCGUCUUAUCAGCCCUGAUAAUUUCCUCAUCAGCAAUUAUCAUUGGACUGGUAGCAUCAACUAGAAAUAUACUGUGGAAAGUAGCCGAUGAAACUGAAAAGCUAGAUAAAAAAAUAAAUCAACUAUCAAACAACCAAGUGCAACUCCCACCUGUAUUUCAGAAGAUAGCCGAUGGAGUAGAGUUAGCAGCGGAUAAUAUAUGGAUAAUCAUUAUAUGUGCAGCAGCAGUUCUACUGUAUGAAUAUAACUAA